UCACUGUACCGAGCUCGCGGAAAACAUGUAUUGUCAGGAUUCCGAUACCCAUCUCUCUCGCUCUCACAAACAGGGGGUGGCGUUGCGAUAGCCAGUUGAGAAUCCAGACGCGGCAACCAUGUUGGCUUCGAUUUCAACGAUUCCGAUGUAUCGUCCGCAUUCAAGAAGAAAAGGGAAUAGACUUCCUUCUCCUUGUCUUGUAUACGCAGAGGCAAAGACAUGGGAUUCGAAUGGCGAUAGUGAGAGAGAAAGAGAAUCAAAGGAAAGAAAGGAAGAGGUGAACAGGAAAAUCGCUUCCAAGAAGGCCAUCUCCAUCAUAUUGAGGAGAGAGGCCACCAAGGCCAUUAUCGAGAAGAAGCGCGGGCCCACUAAUUCCAAGAAGCUCCUCCCUCGCACUGUCCUUGAAGCCCUCCACGAGCGCAUCACCGCUCUCCGUUGGGAGUCUGCUCUCAAGGUAUUCGAACUACUGCGGGAGCAGCUCUGGUACAGGCCCAAUUCUGGUAUAUACAUCAAGCUCAUUGUCAUGCUUGGUAAAUGCAAACAACCGGAAAAAGCUCACUCCUUAUUUCAAGCUAUGGUUGAUGAAGGCUGCAUUGUAAACCAUGAGUCCUACACUGCCUUGGUCUCAGCAUACAGCAGGAGUGGCCACUUUGACCUAGCAUUUUCCCUCCUUGAACGGAUGAAGAAUACACCUGGCUGCGAGCCUGAUGUCUUCACAUACUCCAUACUCAUAAAAUCUUGCCUGCAGAUAUUCGCCUUUGACAAAGUCCAGUCUCUGCUUUCGGAGAUGGCAAGUGAGGGGAUCAAGCCUAACACCAUCACAUUCAACACACUCAUCGACGCCUAUGGAAAAGCAGGCAGGUUUAGCGAGAUGGAAUCGACACUCUUGAAAAUGCUCCAAGACCAGGAUUGCAAGCCAGAUGUAUGGACCAUGAAUUCCACGCUUAGGGCCUUCGGCGGCAGUGGGCAGAUAGAGACAAUGGAGACUUGUUAUGAGAAGUUCCAGAGAGCCGGUAUCAGUCCUAACAUAAAGACCUUCAACAUAUUGCUGGAUUCUUAUGGAAAAGCCAAACAUUAUGAGAAGAUGAGUGCCGUGAUGGAGUACAUGCAGAAGUAUUACUUCUCAUGGACCGUCGUUACAUAUAAUGUGGUAAUAGAUGCAUUUGGAAGGGCAGGGGACUUGAAACAAAUGGAGUAUCUGUUCAGAUUGAUGAGAUCUGAGGGACUGAAGCCCAACUGCGUGACGCUAUGCUCCCUCGUCAGGGCCUAUGGACGAGCCAUGGCUGUGGAGAAGAUCAAAGGUGUUUUGAGAAUCAUUGAGAACUCGGACGUGAUGUUGGACAUGGUGUUUUUCAACUGCUUGAUUGACGCAUAUGGGAGGGCCGGAUGUCUGGCAGAGAUGAGAGAGGUGCUAGAGAUGAUGAAGAGGAGAGGUUGUAAGCCCGACAAGAUAACUUACACUACCAUGAUCAAAGCUUAUUCCAGUAGAGGAAUCCAAGACCAUGUUAAGGAGCUUCAAGAUAUCAGCAGAGAGGAGAAGAUGAGUAACGUAGAUGGUUGACCCUCACCUGUGAUUACAAGUAGGCAAAUCAAAUAAUUUAUUUUUUGGGGUAUUAUGUUAUUGAUUCUUAUUAAGUGUGAAGGUCAAAAGGAAAGUGAUAAGUGGUCGAGGAUCGUUGUUUUUACCAUGACAGCCCACCCUUUGAUAGAGAAGCUUGACUUCAGAGACUUCCCACGCGACAUGGUGCCUGUCUUCCACUUGCCUUCAGGAAGGGUGCAUGUAAUUUUCCCAAUAACUAGAGAGGAUCGUGCUCGGUAACUUCAAAAGUCAAGCGAUGCAUAGAAAAGCCUUCUGUGGUGUUCAUUUGAUCAAAGUCGAGAUAGGAAAGGACUCUUGUUCAGAUUCAUAGGAUUGUCUUGUGGAUGCGAUUUUGGGCCAUGGGCAUUUGAGGUGGGACCCAACAGUUUGACAGCUGGGGGUGAGGAGUUGGUAUGCUAUUUGUAUAGUGAAUAUCUGCUCAGUAGCAGCCUUCGAACAUGGCAGAGUAUGCUUCCAGAUGGACAAUCUGAGAGGUUAGCAAAAAUAAAAUAAAAUUCUACAUGAUUUGUUAUACAAUAUUGCUAGUACCGAAUUUUCACAGCACCAUUUUGAUUUUCAGUUUGUAUAAGUGGACCUCAUGUUUGGUGUUCCAAUGCACUGAUAUUGUGGGUCCCAUUGCAGAUAGCCCAUGCACUGAAAAUUCCUGUAUCUUUGAUAUUUGGCCAACAAAUAGAUGGUUAAGAAAUAACUUGAAUAUCAGUUCACAUUUCACAUUUAACCGAAAAGGCUAAAUAUUCUAUGGCUAGGACCUUCCAGUAUGGGGGACUUUUGGUGCAUGGGUGAUCCACGGUUAAUGGUUAGGCCCUUCAUAUCAAUGUCUCGGAUCCUUAUGAUGGGACCCAAUUGUACAAAUUGAAAAUCCAAACAGACUGUAUAAACUCAUGGACUGAUAGUUUUAUAAUGCCUCCAACAAUAUAGCAUGUUGUAGUAUUAUCCAAGA